AUGGAGCCUGGGAAACUCUCGGAUCCCCCGUCAGACACAGGCAGCACCCCGGAAAACCAUGAAGGAAGCCAUGAAUGCUCAGAGUGUGGGAAAUCCUUUCCUCGGCGGUCCCUCCUUUUGACCCACAGGAAAGUCCAUGUGGGAAGUGGAUCCAGUCAAGGUUUGGAAGGUGAGAAAUCCUUCUCUGGAAAAAAACCCAAAGAUCUCAGAUGCCCCCCCAGACUAAAACCUUUUAAAUGUGAGGAAUGUGACUUAUGCUUUGGUCAAAAGCCACAGCUUUUUAGACAUCAGAAAAUCCACACUGGAGAGAAACCUUAUCAGUGUCUGGAAUGUGGGAAUUUUUUCCGUGAAAAAGCCACCCUCAGAGACCACGAGAGAAUUCACACAGGGGAGAAACCUUAUAAGUGUUGGGAAUGUGGGAGGAGCUUUUCUUGGAAGUCAUAUCUUUGGAUCCAUGGGAAGAUUCAUGCAGGAAUAAAAUCUAACAAAUGUUUUGAGUGUGGAAAAUGUUUCACCCUGAGUAAAUAUCUUCACAAGCAUGAGAAAACACACAGAGGGCAGAAAAGCGAAAAGUGCCUCGAAUGUGGGAAAUGUUUUUACUGGAAAUCAUGCCUGGUGAAACAUCAGAGAAUUCACACCAGAGAAAAACCCUAUGAAUGCCCAGAAUGUGAGAGACGAUUUGUUAAUUCUUAUGGGCUUCGGACACACCAGAAGAGGCACAAAGGGGAGAAACCCUAUCAAUGUAGGGAGUGUGGGAAAAGUUUUGUUACACAACGUGAGAGGGUCCACACAGGAGAGAAGCCGUACAGAUGCCUAGAAUGUGGAAAAUCUUUUGCUCAAAGUGGGGAUCUUUGGACACAUCAUAAAACACACACAGGGGAGAAGCCACAUCAAUGCAACGAAUGUGGAAAAUUUUAUCGUACCACAUCAACCCUUUGGAAUCAUGUGAAAAUUCACACAGGGGAAAAAAACUACAAGUGUUUAGAUUGUGGGAGAACAUUUGCUCAAUCAUGUCACCUCAGAAGCCACAGCCGAAUCCAUACAGGAGAGAAGCCCCAUAAAUGCUCGGAGUGCGAUAAAUGUUUUUCUCGGAAAGAUACUCUUGUGAUGCAUCAGCGCAUCCACACUGGAGAGAAACCAUACAAAUGUCUGGAGUGUGGAAAAUGCUUUUCUCAAAAAAACCACCUUGGAACCCAUCAGAGGGUCCACACAGGAGAGAAGCCGUACAGAUGCAUAGAAUGUGGACGAUUCUAUCGUACCUCAACCGCCUUUAAAAGUCAUAUGAAAAUUCACACAGGGGAAAAAAACUACAAAUGUUUAGAUU